AUGACGUGGCGUGAGGAGCUACGCAGUCGGCAGUUCUGGCGUGCCAUGCUGGCAGAACUGCUCGGCACCCUGGUGUUUGUGAGCGCCGUGCUGGGGGCCUCUGUGCCAGGCCCUGGUGAGGCCCCCGGGGGACCCCUGUACCCAGCCGUGGCAGUGGGUGCGGUGAUUGUUUCACUGGGCCACUGUUUUGGAGUGAUCAGCGGGGCACAGGUGAACCCAGCAGUCACUCUGACUAUGUUGGCUACACGCAAGCUGGAUGUUCUCAGGGCACUUGCGUAUGUUGGUGCCCAGUGUCUGGGGGCCUCUCUGGGGGCCGGGGCCCUCUACCUGGCCCUGCCACUGAAAUCCACCGCAGACUACUUUGUCAACAAGGUGCCUAUAGAGCUGAACGCGGCCCAGGCUCUGGGGAUCGAGGUUUUGUGCACCUUCCAGAUGGUCUUCACUGUGUUUUCAGUGGAGGAGCAGCGACGGAGGGAGAGCACAGAGCCAGGAAACCUAGCCAUCGGAUUCGCCCACAUUGCUGGUGUCCUAAUAGGGGCACGGUUCUCUGGUGCAAGUAUGAACCCUGCACGCUCUCUGGGCCCAGCCAUCAUCACUGGCUUCUGGGAAAACCACUGGGUUUACUGGAUAGGACCCGUGACAGGCGCCAUGCUGGCCGGCAUGUCCCAUGAGUUCAUCUUUGCGCGCAGUGCGUCCCGGCAGAAGCUGGUGGCGUGCCUGACCUGUAAGGAUAUUGAGAUCGUCGAGACAGCCAGUGUGUCCCGAUCAUCGAUCUCCACCGUCACUCAGAAUGCCACGAGAGCCAAGCAGGCCAACAAACAGGAGAACAACUGA